UUAGAACCGGAAUAAAAGUACUCGUGUGUCGGCAACGCGUGGGAUCGGACGUACCUAAUGUAAGAGCAGUUUUGUUAUGGCAUCAAUAAAAAUCUUUACGGAAACAUCUGCAGUCAUAAAAGCUGUCGUAUCGGUUUCGGCGAUGCUUAUGGAUCGCUACGAAGAGUGAGGCUGAAUCAGUUGGCGUCGAGGAUCGGAGGCGAAAAGGUGGUGAACGGGGUGGAAGGAUGGUCAUGGUUCCGAGGGGUCGGUAGUGCAGUGCGGCACGCGCCGGCGCGGAUCGAUCGCGCGACAUCGACCGCGCGGGGCGGGGCGCCGUCGCUCAGUCGCGCGCGGGCACGGCGUGCGGGCGCGCGCAUCGCUGCACGUGCAUGGCGCGCCUGACUGGAUGCCUCGCGCCCUCGGGGAAUGGCUUCGUCCGAGGAAGAGGCGACUACAGCGUCGACCGACACUUAUCCUGAAGAUGAUGACUGCCUCAGUGUCCGAAAAUGGUGGUGCUUUCUGCUGUCGUCGAUUUUCACCUUCCUUGCGGGGUUGCUCGUGGUGCUGUUAUGGCGCGCGUGCGCGUUCGUCUGCUGCCACAAGGAGCCGGAGCUGGCUCCCAACGACCCCAAGCAGAAGGAGCAGAAGGCGGCGCGGCAGGGCAAACAAGAGUUCGAGGGCACGUUCAUGACCGAAGCGAAAGACUGGGCCGGCGAACUCAUAUCCGGUCAGACCACCACCGGACGAAUACUGGUAGUGUUGGUGUUCAUCCUGAGUAUAGCAUCGCUCAUCAUCUACUUCAUUGACGCGUCCAGUGAAGAGGUUGAGCGAUGUCAGAAAUGGAGCGACAAUAUUACUCAGCAAAUCGACCUUGCCUUUAACAUAUUUUUUAUGGUCUACUUUUUUAUACGAUUUAUAGCAGCUAGUGACAAACUAUGGUUCAUGCUCGAGAUGUAUUCAUUUGUAGAUUAUUUCACGAUACCCCCAUCCUUUGUAUCAAUAUACCUCGAUAGAACGUGGAUAGGGCUGAGAUUUCUCAGAGCUCUACGCUUAAUGACCGUGCCUGAUAUUUUGCAAUACCUCAAUAUAUUAAAAACAUCGAGCUCAAUUCGGUUGGCGCAAUUAGUUUCUAUAUUUAUAUCAGUGUGGCUGACCGCUGCCGGCAUUAUUCAUUUGCUGGAAAAUUCUGGUGACCCAUUAGAGUUCGAGAAUGCGCAGAAACUGUCGUACUGGACGUGCGUGUACUUCCUAAUAGUCACCAUGUCCACUGUAGGUUACGGUGACGUAUUCUGUCACACAGUACUUGGAAGAACAUUUUUGGUUUUUUUUCUCCUCGUUGGCUUGGCAAUGUUCGCUAGUAGCAUUCCCGAAAUUAUAGAGCUGGUAGGAAGUAGGUCCAAGUACAGUGGCGAGCUGAAGCGUGAACAUGGAAAGAGGCAUAUUGUGGUCUGUGGACACAUAACUUACGAGUCAGUGAGCCAUUUUUUAAAAGACUUCCUACAUGAGGACAGAGAGGAUGUAGACGUCGAAGUUGUUUUUUUACACAGGAAACCGCCCGACCUGGAGCUCGAAGGCCUGUUCAAGAGGCACUUUACCACUGUGGAAUUCUUUCAAGGCACCAUUAUGAAUCCAAUCGACCUACAGAGGGUGAAAGUACAUGAAGCAGACGCGUGCCUGGUGCUGGCCAACAAGUACUGCCAGGACCCCGACGCGGAGGACGCCGCCAACAUCAUGAGAGUCAUCUCUAUCAAGAACUACUCCGACGACAUUAGGGUCAUCAUACAGCUGAUGCAAUACCAUAAUAAGGCCUACCUCUUAAACAUUCCAUCAUGGGACUGGAAGCAAGGCGACGACGUCAUCUGCUUGGCGGAGCUGAAACUCGGCUUCAUCGCGCAGAGCUGCCUCGCGCCCGGCUUCUCUACCAUGAUGGCCAACCUAUUCGCCAUGCGCAGCUUCAAGACGUCCCCCGACACACAAGCUUGGCAGAACGAUUACCUGCAGGGUACGGGCUGCGAGAUGUACACGGAAACACUGUCGACCUCCUUCACGGGAAUGAGCUUCCCGCAAGCGAGCGAAUUAUGCUUCACGAAGCUCAAGCUGCUGCUGCUCGCCAUCGAGAUCAAAGGCGAGGAGGGAGCUGACAGCAAGAUAUCCAUCAACCCGCGCAGCGCCAAGAUACACGCCAACACGCAGGGUUUCUUUAUAGCGCAGUCCGCAGACGAAGUCAAAAGAGCUUGGUAUUAUUGCAAGGCCUGCCACGAGGACAUCAAAGACGAAACGCUCAUCAAGAAGUGCAAAUGCAAAAACUAUGUUGGAAUGAUGAUGAUGCAGACUGGGAUGGUGAAACAAAGUCUUAAUACGUACCGUGCUUGUCUCGACGAUGAUCACCAUCCUCCCCCCACCUUCACGCCGCCAGAGUUGCCCAAGAAGGUCCAUGUUCGAGGUGAAAUUGCGAGAGAAAGAGGGGAGGAUACUAGUUUAAUAAAUCGCAACCAUCGGAGCGUAGCACCGACAACGCUGCUGUCUCCGAGCGCGAACCAGCUGGUGAACACCACCACCACGAGGCAAGUCAACAAGGUGAAGCCCAACGUCAACAGGGCCCCGCCGGACACGCCUACGAGUAGAAGCAGUGGUGGUAACCAAAACAGCAAUGGCGUCAGCCUGCCCGCGGGCCUCGCUGACGACCAGUCGAAAGAUUUCGACUUCGAAAAGACUGAAAUGAAGUACGACUCCACUGGAAUGUUCCACUGGAGCCCUGCGAGGAAUUUGGAAGAUUGUAUUUUAGACCGAAAUCAGGCGGCCAUGACGGUUCUGAACGGGCACGUGGUAGUGUGUUUGUUUGCGGACCCUGACUCGCCGCUCAUCGGGCUCCGUAACCUGGUGAUGCCGCUGCGCGCGUCCAAUUUCCACUACCAUGAGCUCAAGCACGUCGUCAUCGUGGGAAGCGUCGACUAUAUUAGGAGAGAGUGGAAGAUGUUGCAGAAUCUACCAAAGAUUUCUGUUUUGAAUGGUUCACCGCUAAGCCGGGCUGACUUGCGUGCAGUUAAUGUGAACUUGUGCGACAUGUGCUGCAUCCUGUCGGCGAAGGUGCCAUCGAACGAUGACCCGACGCUGGCCGACAAGGAAGCUAUCUUGGCUUCGCUGAACAUCAAGGCGAUGACGUUCGACGACACGAUAGGAGUGCUGAGCGCCGGCGUCACCAACGGCAGCAGCGCGGCGCCACCCCCGCCCGGCGCCCCGCCCGCGCCCGUGCUGCUGCAGCGCCGGGGCUCCGUCUAUGGUGCCAAUGUGCCUAUGAUUACUGAGUUGGUGAACGACAGUAAUGUGCAGUUCCUGGACCAGGACGACGACGACGACCCGGACACGGAGCUGUACCUGACGCAGCCCUUCGCGUGCGGUACAGCCUUCGCCGUCAGCGUACUCGACUCACUUAUGUCCACAACUUAUUUCAACCAAAAUGCCUUAACGUUGAUCCGCUCGUUGAUCACGGGUGGCGCGACGCCGGAGCUGGAGUUGAUCCUGGCCGAGGGUGCAGGCUUACGGGGCGGGUACUCCACGCCGGAGAGCUUAGCUAAUAGGGAUCGGUGUAGAGUGGGUCAGAUCUCGUUGUAUGACGGUCCACUGGCGCAGUUUGGCGAGGCUGGCAAGUACGGUGACCUGUUCGUGGCGGCGCUCAGCACGUAUGGCAUGCUGUGCAUCGGCCUGUACCGGUUCCGAGACACCUCCUCGUCCUGCGACGCUAGCAGCAAGCGAUACGUCAUCACUAACCCGCCCGAUGACUUCUCGCUCCUACCUACCGACCAGGUGUUCGUGCUGAUGCAGUUCGACCCGGGCGUGGAGUACCGGUCGUCGCGGCGCGCAGCAGCGGGCGCGGGCAAGGACGACGCCUCCUGACUAUUGCUGUGCAGCGCCCUCACUGACGGGCCCUACUCCUACAUCUAGGCAGUAGGCCCCCACUCCGACAGUCCCGCCCCUCCCCCCGCCCACUCCCGCACUCUUCACUUCGACUUUUGGGUAAACGUCCACGUAUUAUUGAUUAGAUUUUGUCCUGACUUCUUUAGUCGUGAAUGAGAGUGCUGCUACCUCUACUCUGUCCCGUUUUAUUUUAAUUUUGUCGACACUAUAUGUUAGUAUUCUAAGUUGAACACUUCCUGCACAGCAACUACACUCCUCAAACGCACUCUUGUAUAGUCUAGCAUUCGUUUGUUUAGCAGAAAAUAUCUACAGAAACAAUCAAAUAACGAAACUUUAAAGUAAAAUAUUAACGUAAUAAUGAUUGCCUAUCUAUGUAUAAUAUACUUCUACAGCGACUGGUCGCACAGUCCGUAGAUCUUAAAUCAGUUGAGAGUACUAUCUAAAUACCUAUAUGUCACGACAAGGCAGUGCAUAGACGCCACAAGAGAAGAUAGAAUACGAGCUGUAAGCAAUAAUAACUAGAAAGCGCUUAAAAAUAUAGAAAAGCUUUCGAUGUGUAGGGUUAAGACGGUAGAAGGAGUUCAAGUUCGGUACAAUGCUGUUGUUAAUGAGUAUAAAAUAUAUAAAAGUUGUAAAAUAAUAUAUGGCAGUAGAGAGUCGAUUUGAAAGGUUAUGGCACCUCACACCAGCUAUGUUAUCAUUAUGUGUAUACUGCAGUACACCGCCGAUAUCGACACUUUGACGAGGUACGUGCUAGUAACACGUAGCGUAGCGCGGCGUCAGGACGCGGCCGCCGCCUCCGAAGUGCUGACACCAGCGAUACACGUUGCACUUUUGACUCACUAUCAAUCAACAUGUUAUACCAAAUACAACGAUCUUCAAUAUUGAUAAUUUUAAUACGAUACGGUGAUGGUUUAGUUAUAGGAUUUGUUUAUUAAGGUGUUGGGAUGUAACAAAUACAAGUGCACACACACGUUAUAUAUCGAACGUGUCCUGACCACACCUCUUUGUCUUGCAACGACAGAAUAGUUCUUCCUAUAUGCCUAGCGAGUAUCCAAUGCAGCGAGUAAAAUAUUCCAAAGAGCUACGAUUGGAUCAGAAUGGAUACACAAUUCCCACAUAUUGAACAAAGAACAACUGUUGCAUUGUGUAUCAAGUCAUCGCUACUUUUAACAAAUACUUCUACAGACUGUCGUCGACCUCUUUACGCGGCAGUUUGUCUUCAGUCUUCUUCCAUUCAAAUACUUGAUAUCUUUAACUUCUUGAUUUCUAAAGUCUUUUCAAGUAAUUGUAAGCAAUGCUCAACGAGAGAAACCUUUUAAACUUUUAAUUGCAUGACAACAUCUCGUGUAAACGGACAUACAUAGGUGUAGGCUAUCGCUUUUCUUAGAAUAUCCAUUCCUUAUUCAGUAGUUUUUUUCUGUCACGUUUCACGUAAUAAGUGCUACUUAUAGAGCUGAAAUAUAGACAUAUUAUAAGCAUUUAAUGUUAUUCAUCGACUGAUUGUUAAGCACAUCAUAUCAUCAUCAAUACUUUGUGAUUGUACCAAGUUAUUUAGUCACUAUUUUUUAAGUUUUUAGAUGUUUAAUUUUUCCAUGGGUUCACAUUGAAUUCAUUAUUUAGUUAUAAGACACUCUGCCAUAUUCUCAAGUGCACGUAUGGUAGUGGUCUGCAUACAGUUCCAUUGCUCAUUGUUUAUCUUCUAUUUUAUUACAUUUUUAUAAUCUAAGGUUAGACAACUCGUUGAAUAUUUUCAUGCAGAAUCGUACUUCCACGUAACCUUUCAGAAUAUUGAGAGAGAACGAACCUAUCCAAGUUGACGCGUUAUUUCACCUUGAAAUCUGCAUAAAAGUAUAAUCAACUGUUAUAUGAACAUAGUAACUUCCAGCCUCACCUUAUAGUACCACGUUUUUUUGUUUUAUUUUUAUUUUAAUAAAAUUAUAUUAUGCUAUUUUAUUUUCUUUUUAUUUUCUGUUAUGUUUUUCCUAAUAUUUG